AUCAUGGGGCCCCUGUGUCCUUGCCCAAACUCAAAACCCGGGUCCUCGGGCUGUGCACAAGUUUCCAAAUGAUCAGUUCGCCCCUGCUCUGCAUUCACUAUAUCUGGUCUCCCCGGACCCUGCAUUCACUAUAUCGGUCUCCCCGGACCCUGCAUUCACUAUAUCUGGUCUCCACGGAUCCUGCAUUCACUAUAUCCGCUCUCCCGGACCCUGCAUUCACUAUAUCCGGUGUCCCCGGACCCUGCAUUCACUAUAUCUGGUCUCCCAGGACCCUGCAUUCACUAUAUCCGGUCUCCUUGGACCCUGCAUUCACUAUGUCCGGUCUC